UCUCUGUAUAUAUUUUCUCUGCUUUUCCCUCUGUUUUCCCCUGUGUUUUUCUCCCUUCCCAUUCACUAGUUGUUUUCUCCGCGUCCGAGUUUCAUGGGGGAGAGAAUUGGUGCGUAAGAGAAGUGGGUUUGUGGAAAAUUGUUGAGAAGUUAGCAGAACAAACCGGCCAUGGCUGGAGAAGAUAGGUGGUUUAAUGGGAGGCUUCCCCCUGCACCUCCUGAAGGUGGAGGGGAUAACAAUGGUGUUUUUGGUGAUCCUAACAUCCCCUUGUCCGGAUUUUCUCAUCCUGUUUCUGGGUUUCAGAGCUCUGGUUCAGGGUUUUCUAGUACCUUUUCUGGGCAAACGAACAACUUUGGAUCCUACUCCGGCCUCCCAAACUCCUUCUCCACGUUUUCUGGGGAUGCCAGCCAUGGAGUUGCCUUCAAGAGGAUCAAGCUCGCAGACUCCAAUUAUCAGCCCGCGGGUCAUCACCCCGUUUUUCAGGAGGGAGUGGGAAACAUGGUGGAAAAUCCAAAUCCUCUCGGUUUAACAUUGAGAAAAACCAGCUCUCUUCUGAACUUAAUCGAAACGAGUUUAGCCAAGAAAAAAAGGACCUACUCAGAGCUGAAUCAAGGAUCUGAUUACCUGAACCAGUACAGAAUUCAACCAAAAAGACACAACUUUGUUCUUCCACAAUCCUCAGAGAAGUUGAAGGCUACAAACUUCCCUGCACUACUACUCCAAAUUGGAAGUUGGGUGAGGGAAUCCAGGUAUGAAGGCCAUCUGAUAGCAAAAUGCUACUACUCCAAGAGAAAACUAGUGUGGGAAAUCCUGGAGGGCAGUCUCAAAAAGAAGAUAGAAAUACAAUGGUCAGAUAUUUCGGCCCUGAGAACAAUCUGCAUCGAAAAUGAUCCAACCAUUCUUGAGCUUGAGUUAAAAAAUCAACCUCAGUACUUUGGAGAGACAAAUCCUCAGCCUAGAAAGCAUACUCUUUGGCAAAGGAUUCCUGAUUUCACUGGAGGACAAGCCCCCGUUUACAGAAGGCAUUUGCUCAAGUUCCCUCCAGGAGUGCUUGGCAAACAAUUUGAGAAGCUUCUGCAAUGUGAUAAUCGGCUAUACACCUUGAGCCUAGAGCCUUUUCCUAAUUUUUCAUAUCCUUUCUUCCCACCAAGCAACAACAAUGAACUAAAUUUCAGUAAGGGACAUAGGCCAGAGAAAGCCCCCAGGCUGCUUCUUUCUCCUUCAAGUAACCCGACAUCUUUAGCUCCUGCUCAGCCCCUGCAAACAUUCAAGCAAACAUCUGUACAGCCUGCUGGUAGCUGGGACUCAACUUCCCCAAUGUCAGUUAUGGAAUUUUCACCUAUAGAUGAGACCGGCAACAACCAUGGAGCUAAAAAGCCAAAGGCUGCAUUCUGGGGACAAGGGGUGAGCAUGGUGACUGGCAACACUGUGAGUGGUUUCUCAGGAAGAGGUGAGGUUCAAGGGAUACCAUAUAUUGUUCCUGCAAUCCAAGCCAAUCAAGACUAUGGAUUGCAAGACUGUCAGGCACCGAAUCAUUCUCAGAACGAAGAAUUGGGGGGGCUUGAUGGAAGAGAUCUGUUUAUGCGCAAUGGGGACGAGCACUUGCUAGAUGACACACAAGCUGCGUGUUCUGAUGAGGAAACACUCCUUGCUAAGGUCAGGUCCAUGGGUUCACUGAUCCAGCCAGAACAGCAAGUGCAGCCAGCGGAUGGUAACAAUAGAAAUGAAAUGGGGUUUGGCGAAGACAUAAACCGAGCUGAGGAGCCAGUUCAGCCUGCUGUUGCAGACCAGAAUCCACUCGAGAAGAGUGAUAAUGAAAGGGAGCUUAAUAUGACAAAUGAACAAUUCCUUCUGCUUAGUGAAAUGCAGUAUGCACCUGAACUGCUCGCAAGUCCACAGUUCGUUUCGCAAACUACGAACACGGAUCUUGGGCAAGAAAUAGUUCCAGCGCAUGAGCUGCUCGCAAAUCCACAGUUUGUUUCUCAAAAUACGAACAUGGAAUUCAGGCAAGAAACAGUCCCAAGGAACCAUUUUCCUGUUUUCAUUGAGAAUCAGCAGCCCAACUUUCAGACUGUCCAUUGGGUGCCUCGGCCUCCCAAUCACUUGGUACUUUCCCAAGAAAAUCAGCUGAUAUUAAAUGCUCCUCCACCUCAAGUUUUAGGUGAGAAUCAGAUGAUGCAUUUUGAGGGAAACAACAACUUGAUAGCUUCUCAGUUCUUGAAUGAGAAUGAGCUGAUGCAACACAACUGCUCAGGACCUUCCUAUCCUUACAACUUUCCAGGCACAGAAGGGAAUAAUUUUGGUAAUAUUAAUGGGGGGAAUCAGUAUUGGGGAUGAUGGAGAAGCAUGGAAGAAGAGGGGAAGGCCCAGAAGGCUGAAUGUAGAUGAGGGUUAUUUUUGGGUCACACCCUUCAUAGUUUUUCUUGCUUUUGUAGAUUAUGGAAGAUAGCUAUAGGUCCAAUUUUCCUUUUAAUAUCUAGGUUUUGUUCUCCUUUUUGUUUAUGUUCUAGAUGGAUAAACCUUUGAAAUGCCUUUAAUCAUUGAUUCAAACAAAAGUUCUAAGCUUUCAUAUUUGUUUCGUUGAA